UGCGCGGACGGGACGGAGCCGGGGCCGCUGCUGGGAUCGCGUUGUCCCGCCCGCUCCGUCCCCGUCCCGGGAGAGCCGCUCCCGCCCGGCUGCGGCACUGCCGGGAGCGUCCUUCAGCCAUGCCGCCCGUGGCUGGGAGCCCUGCCGUGCGCCUGGGCCGCCGGUAUUGCGCUGACUCCUGGUAAAGAGCUACGGAGUUUUACCGUUUAACGUGUGUGUCACGGCUGCACCGGACUAGGAGGGACUGAACACGCUGCGACUUAGAUUCGAGAGCACUUUAGCAUCUCCUCGGGGUGCUUCCUUCUUUCUUCAAUUGGCUCCAACAAGCAUCAUGAGGUUUCUAAGUAGUUUUACCACACCUUUUGAUGCCUCCGAAGAAGAAGUGUACCUACAAGGCCAGGAAGGCAGAGCUGGUUUUCCUUGAGAGGCCACGGGCAGGACCCAUCCAUUGUUAUGAAACUCCACUGCAUUUGGCCGAGAAUCCCAGACGUGUGCCUACAAAACCUGUGGACCAGAACACCUCUGCUGCCUGGGUGUGCCCACAAUUUGACACAACUAAGUCAGUGGUGUUGAAAGCAUGCCAGAAGAAGCAUCGUGGUCCUCACAAGCCCUAUAAUCAUGAUGCCAACCACAGUUCAUUUCAUGCAGGAGGAGCUUGUCGAGGAGCUGUAGCCUGCAGAUUUCCUCCUUUAACUUUUGAGAAUCCAUCAGGACAUGCAGUACCUCAGCUGGAUGAUCCAAAUCGCCUGAGAAAGAAUGCACAAUGCUCUCACAACCAGCCUAAGAAAGGGACAGCAGCAAACGCCAGCAUCGAGGUGAAGAGUCCAGAUAACUGUGGAGAGCCUGCUCCCCAGCCUGUGGAGCAAGAAGUCCUUAGUCCACCAGAUGCAGAGGCUGCACAGGCUCCUUCCCCAAGGAAUGGGAGAUGCAGCAACACUCUGUCACAAAGUAGUCACGCCUGGCAUCCAGAAAAAGAGCUGGCGUUUGGUAUUGAGCCCUGUGGGAGACGGGAGUCGGCAGCAGUACUGGUCACUGAUACUCCCGAGCACGAGUAUGGAAUAAAGGUCACCUGGAGACGGCGGCCUCACAUAAUGAAGUACCUGCGGCAGCAAGGGAAACUGAGCGCUGCUGAUAUUCUGGUGAAAGCAAACAUCGAGCUCUCAAGGAGACAGGCCCACGCCUGACCUGGCGGGAGCAGCCGUUCUGCUGCGUGCAAGGACACGCCCGAACAGACGAUGUCGCUUCGGGGGCUGAACAGGGGACGUGAUUUUAGCUAGGCCCGCUACUGCGCCUGGCAGAGCCUCCGUGAAACCCCGGGGCGGGCGCGGGGGAGGGUCUU